GAAUUCAGUUUUGCUCCGCUGUUUCAAUUGAGAUGACGCCUGCGGUCGUUCUGCUGACUUUUUUAGUAAUCCUAAGCUUCGGAUCUUAUGGAUAUUCGCAGCUAUUGGAUUCAAAUUGCAUUGCAUCGCACCGAAUGAGAAUAAUUGGUGGUCAGGAUGCUCAAAGGACUCCAUGGAUGGCUUACUUGAUACGAGAUAACACUUUCGCAUGUGGCGGCUCACUGAUUGCCCACCGUUCGUACUUGCAACUUAUUAAGUAUUGUAUUUAUAAUGGUUUUUUUAUAACUUUUUUAUUUAUUUCAGGCUUUGUUUUAACCGCCGCCCAUUGCACGAAAGUCAACGACAACUUAUUUGUUAGAUUGGGUGAAUACGAUUCUUCGAGGACAACGGAUGGCCAGACUAGACACUACAGAGUUGUUUCAAUAUAUCGGCAUGAGAACUACAUAGAUUUUCGGAAUCAUGAUAUUGCUGUGCUCAAACUGAGUCGGAAAGUCGUCUACGAUGCUUUUAUCCGACCAAUUUGCAUUUUUUUUAAUUCCGGCUAUCAGUCCUUUGCAAACAGCAUACAGGACUUUAUUUUAACUGGCUGGGGUCAGAUGGCCCACAACAAGAUGCCCACUACACUGCAGAAAAUGUCCCUGCGUCGUGUUAGUAAUGAAUAUUGUGGUGUUCCAGGUCUUUCCAUAUGUUGCUGGAAUCCCUUGCAGUACGCCUGCUUUGGAGAUUCGGGUAGUCCAUUGAUGUCAGUUGUGAAAUACGGACAGAGUACCAUAUAUGUUCAGUUUGGGGUCACUAGCUCCGUUACCGGAAAUUGCGAUGGCUUCAGCUCAUAUUUGGAUCUCACGAGCUAUAUCCCUUGGCUUUCCCAAACCUUGUCAAGAAACUGGGCCUAAAUAGAUCUAGAUUGAAAGUUGGAAA